AUGACAGUCGUGCAAUACAUCCUACUCAGGAGUGACUUGAGCUUUUCAAGAGGCGCAGUAAUUGCCCAGGCCUGCCAUUCAAGCGUCUAUUCCAUCGAAAAAUACAGAAACCACCCAGACACAAUAGAGUAUCUAGAAAACAUAGAAUCUAUGGCAAAGAUAAUUCUGAAGAUUAAGGAAAAGGAUGUGGAAGAGAUAGCCGGAUAUCUUACUUCGAAAGGCAUAGACCAUACUGUUUGGAUUGAAGAUCCGGAAAGAAUACCAACAUGCAUAUCUCUCAGGCCGUACAAAAGAAGCCAUAUACCUGAUGUUGUUGAUUAUUUAGCAAGGUUUGGGCUAUUCCGUUGA